CCAAAUCAGUUGCGAAACAUGAAGUGUGUUGCGUUGAUUGCCUUGGGUGGCCUCUUCUUGGCCAGUGUGCAGGCCAGAAUCCUUCCCGGGGAGGAUCUCCUCUGGGAGCUGCCCGAAGUUCCGGUGGUGGUCAAUGAGAUUGAACCCCGAGAAGCUGGUUGUUCAAUUAAGAUCCGCAGCUCUGAGCUGAAGGAUCCCCAACCCCUGUUGAUCAAAUCGGGCACCUCUGAAAUCGCUGGGUUCUCGGACACCGGCUAUGUGGAUGUGGAUAAGGAUAAGACCAUUGAGUUCCACUGCACCAGCAGCUUGGCUUCCCCUCUGUCUGGAAAAUCUGUGACCGCCAAGUGUGUGGGUGGCACCACCUUCAAGAUUGACGAUAAGGAGCACGAUCUGUCCGCCAUCAAGUGCACAUCGUGGCCUGCUUUUGUGGGCAAGAAGUCCGGAUCCAGCUGCAAUGGUGGCACCACGCUAAUUAAAGUAGGCUUUGAGCUCUCCGGAUCACGAUUUGCGACGCAGUAUGAGGUGUGCUUCAACGAGGACGAGGAGGUGACCAGGUACGUCUACCAUCGCCUGGAACCGGGAAACAAUUACUAUGCCACCGGAGUGGAUCGCAUUACCUUUGGAGCCGGCGGCUACUUCGCGGGUAAGAAUGUGGACAAGCUAUAUACGCAGGCUGUUCAGAAGGAGACCAUCGACAAGGAGCUGGACAUGGAUUCUUCCCAUUUCUUCGAUUCGGCAAAGAACAUCUUUCUGGCCCGUGGUCACAUGGGUGCCAAGGCUGACUUCGUAUUUGCCCCAGAGCAGAGGGCCACCUUCCUGUUCAUCAACGCGGCUCCUCAGUGGCAGACCUUUAAUGCUGGUAACUGGGCUCGCGUGGAGGACGGCGUUCGUGCUUGGGUGGCCAAGGAACACAAGCACGUGGAGUGCUGGACAGGAGUCUGGGGAGUCACUACGCUGCCCAACAAGAAUGGGGAACAGAGGCAGCUCUAUCUGUCCCACGAUAACAACGGCAACGGCCUGAUUCCAGUUCCCAAACUGUACUUCCGAGUGGUCAUUGAGCCUUCCACCAAGAAGGGGAUCGUUCUGAUCGGCGUCAACAAUCCCCACUUGAGUCUGGACGAGAUCAAGCGGGACUACAUCCUUUGCACGGACGUCAGCGACAGGAUCAACUGGAUCAGCUGGAAGAAGACCGACAUCACCGCCGGUUACUCCUACGCCUGCGAGGUUCCCGAGUUUCGCAAGAAGGUGACGCACCUGCCUGACUUUUCCGUCAGCGGACUGUUGGUCUAAUGUUGUUAUGUUUGAAUUAAAAAAUACCACUUAUAGUUAAAAACAA